AUGUUUCUAGAUCUAGAAAAUAGCACCACAGUUAUAACACGCUCUGUUCUCAAAAAUAUAACUUUACAUUUACUAUCUUUCUCCAUUUUGCAUACUUUUGACUAUAUUGUUUUCUUGAAGAUAAAUAUCAUUAUUGAUUUGUUUUGCUUUCCAGAUGGUUUGACCGACUGUGUGGACCCCGAUUGUUGUCAACAAAGCAACUGUUACGUAAGCCCACUCUGUCAGGGCUCACCAGACCCUCUUGACCUCAUCCAACAAAGCCAGCCCCUCUUCUCUCAGCACACUUCAAGACUCUUCUAUGAUCGAAUCAAAUUUCUUAUUGGCAAGGAUAGUACUCAUGUCGUUCCUCAAGAGAUCACAUUUGACAGCAGGCGUGCCUGUGUGAUUCGAGGCCAAGUAGUGGCAGUAGAUGGAACCCCUCUUGUGGGAGUCAAUGUCAGUUUCUUGCAUCACAGUGACUAUGGCUUUACCAUCAGUCGGCAGGAUGGAAGCUUUGACCUCGUAGCCAUUGGUGGUAUCUCUGUAGUCUUAAUCUUUGAACGAUCACCUUUCCUGUCUGAAAAGAGAACGCUCUGGUUGCCCUGGAAUCAGUUUAUUGUGGUGGAGAAAGUGAUCAUGCAGAGAACUGUAGCAGACCCACCAUCCUGUGAUAUUUCCAACUUCAUCAGCCCAAAUCCUAUUGUACUUCCUUCACCACUCACCUCAUUUGGAGGAUCCUGUCCAGAAAGGGGAACUAUUGUCCCUGAGCUGCAGGUUGUACAGGAGGAAAUCCCCAUUCCAUCCAGCUUCGUGAGGCUGAGUUACCUGAGCAGUAGAACACCUGGGUAUAAAACUUUGCUGAGGAUCCUUUUGACACACUCAACAAUUCCUGUGGGCAUGAUUAAAGUACACCUCACAGUAGCUGUGGAAGGCAGACUCACACAGAAGUGGUUUCCUGCUGCAAUUAAUCUCGUCUAUACAUUUGCUUGGAACAAGACCGACAUCUAUGGACAGAAGGUUUGGGGCCUUGCAGAAGCUUUGGUGUCUGUGGGAUAUGAAUAUGAGAUGUGCCCUGAAUUUAUUCUCUGGGAACAAAGGACAGUCGUUUUGCAGGGCUUUGAGAUGGAUGCGUCUAACCUAGGAGGCUGGUCCUUGAAUAAGCAUCAUAUUAAUCCUCAAAGUGGAAUCAUUCAUAAAGGAAAUGGGGAAAAUAUGUUCAUUUCCCAGCAGCCCCCAGUCAUAGCUACCAUAAUGGGCAAUGGACACCAAAGGAGUGUAGCCUGCACUAACUGCAAUGGUCCAGCCCACAACAACAAACUCUUUGCUCCUGUCGCCUUAGCUUCUGGCCCUGAUGGUAGUGUGUACGUUGGUGACUUCAAUUUUGUAAGGCGGAUAUUUCCUUCAGGAAACUCCGUUAGCAUUUUAGAAUUAAGAAACAGAGAUACCAGACAUAGCACAAGUCCUGCGCACAAGUACUAUCUGGCUAUGGACCCUAUGUCUGAAUCGCUCUACCUGUCAGACACCAAUACUCGAAAAGUCUACAAACUGAAAUCGCUCGUGGAAACAAAAGAUCUCUCUAAGAAUUUUGAAGUGGUAGCAGGAACAGGUGACCAGUGCCUUCCCUUUGACCAAAGUCACUGCGGAGACGGUGGCAAAGCCUCCGAAGCUUCACUGAACAGCCCUCGAGGCAUCACAGUAGAUAGGCACGGAUUCAUUUACUUUGUGGACGGGACUAUGAUCCGAAGAAUUGAUGAGAAUGCUGUGAUCACAACUGUAAUUGGCUCGAACGGUCUGACUUCCACACAGCCAUUGAGCUGUGACUCUGGAAUGGACAUCACUCAGGUGCGAUUGGAGUGGCCAACAGACCUUGCAGUCAAUCCCAUGGACAAUUCAUUGUAUGUCCUGGAUAACAACAUUGUGCUGCAAAUUUCUGAGAACAGGCGUGUGCGGAUCAUUGCAGGGCGUCCCAUUCACUGCCAGGUGCCCGGCAUCGAUCAUUUCUUGGUCAGCAAAGUAGCAAUUCACUCUACUCUGGAGUCAGCCAGGGCCAUCAGCGUCUCCCACAGCGGGCUGCUCUUCAUCGCUGAAACAGACGAGAGGAAAGUGAACCGCAUUCAGCAAGUGACCACCAAUGGGGAGAUCUCCAUCAUCGCCGGUGCUCCCACUGACUGUGACUGUAAAAUUGAUCCCAACUGUGACUGUUUUUCAGGUGACGGUGGCUACGCCAAAGAUGCAAAGAUGAAAGCCCCUUCCUCUUUAGCAGUGUCACCUGAUGGCACCCUCUAUGUAGCAGACCUUGGCAAUGUUCGAAUCCGUACCAUCAGCAAGAAUCAAGCCCACCUGAACGAUAUGAACCUUUAUGAGAUUGCCUCUCCUGCUGACCAGGAACUCUACCAGUUCACCGUCAAUGGAACUCACCUACAUACCAUGAACUUGAUAACCAGGGACUAUGUUUAUAACUUCACCUACAACGCCGAAGGUGAUUUGGGCGCGAUCACUAGCAGCAAUGGCAAUUCAGUGCAUAUACGCCGGGAUGCAGGCGGGAUGCCGCUGUGGCUUGUGGUGCCUGGUGGACAAGUCUACUGGCUUACCAUAAGUAGCAAUGGAGUCCUGAAAAGAGUCUCAGCCCAAGGCUACAAUUUGGCCUUGAUGACCUACCCAGGAAACACGGGACUUCUGGCAACAAAAAGUAAUGAAAAUGGAUGGACAACUGUUUACGAGUACGACCCCGAGGGACAUCUGACCAAUGCAACUUUUCCUACCGGUGAGGUCAGCAGCUUCCACAGUGACCUGGAGAAGCUGACAAAAGUGGCACUAGACACUUCCAACCGUGAAAAUGUCCUCAUGUCAACCAACUUGACAGCAACCAGUACUAUCUACAUUUUAAAGCAAGAAAACACUCAAAGUACCUAUCGGGUGAGUCCAGAUGGUUCACUACGUGUCACCUUUGCCAGUGGGAUGGAGAUCAGCCUCAGCUCAGAGCCCCACAUCCUGGCAGGGGCUGUCAACCCCACUCUCGGCAAAUGCAACAUUUCAUUGCCUGGAGAGCACAAUGCAAACCUCAUUGAGUGGAGACAGAGAAAGGAGCAAAACAAAGGCAAUGUUUCAGCUUUUGAGAGAAGACUGAGGGCCCACAACAGAAACCUACUUUCCAUUGAUUUUGAUCAUAUGACCCGCACGGGGAAGAUCUAUGAUGACCACCGAAAAUUCACCCUUCGAAUUCUUUAUGACCAGACUGGACGACCUAUUCUAUGGUCUCCUGUGAGCAGAUAUAAUGAAGUGAACAUCACAUAUUCACCUUCAGGAUUAGUCACCUUUAUUCAAAGAGGAACCUGGAAUGAAAAGAUGGAGUAUGACCAGAGUGGAAAAAUAAUCUCAAGAACGUGGGCUGAUGGGAAAAUUUGGAGCUAUACUUACUUAGAAAAGGAACAAUUCCUUCUGGUCCUGGGGACUUCUGCACUGAUGGUGAGAGGGCCUCUCUUCAUGUCCCCAGGCCUUCGCAAGAUUGUGCCUUUUAUUCAGGAGGGUUUGGAGAUCACAAUGGUAGAACUACAAGAUGUGACAAGCUGCGGCCAGCUGUUGCAGUUACAUCUUGAGUAUGACCAAUCAGACUGUCUGCUGUCACUCACCAUGCCUAGCAUGGUGCGCCACAGCUUACAAACCAUGCUUUCAGUGGGCUAUUACCGUAAUAUCUACACUCCACCAGACAGUAGCACUUCUUUUAUCCAAGACUACAGUCGAGAUGGCCGACUUUUACAGACUCUGCAUCUAGGAACUGGGCGCAGAGUUCUAUACAAGUACACAAAGCAAGCAAGACUGUCUGAGAUUCUCUAUGACACCACUCAGGUUACGUUAACAUAUGAAGAAUCUUCUGGAGUGAUUAAGACAAUACACCUGAUGCAUGACGGAUUCAUCUGCACCAUCAGAUACAGGCAAACAGGACCUCUCAUUGGACGCCAAAUUUUCCGAUUCAGUGAAGAAGGUCUUGUGAAUGCACGGUUUGACUACAGUUACAACAACUUUCGUGUCACCAGCAUGCAAGCUGUGAUCAAUGAGACCCCUUUGCCCAUAGACUUGUACCGAUACGUUGAUGUUUCUGGUAGAACAGAACAGUUUGGAAAAUUCAGUGUAAUUAAUUAUGAUCUAAAUCAGGUUAUAACUACAACAGUGAUGAAGCACACCAAGAUCUUCAAUGCCAAUGGACAAGUCAUUGAGGUCCAAUACGAGAUCCUAAAAGCAAUUGCCUACUGGAUGACUAUUCAGUAUGAUAACAUGGGCCGGAUGGUCAUAUGUGAUAUAAGGGUAGGAGUAGAUGCCAAUAUCACAAGGUACUUCUAUGAAUAUGAUGCUGAUGGGCAACUUCAAACUGUUUCUGUGAAUGACAAAACCCAGUGGCGCUAUAGUUAUGAUCUGAACGGAAACAUCAACCUUUUGAGCCAUGGGAAUAGUGCUCGUCUUACUCCUCUCCGAUAUGACCUCCGAGACCGCAUCACUAGACUAGGGGAAAUUCAGUAUAAAAUGGAUGAAGAUGGUUUCCUGAGACAGAGGGGAAAUGAUAUAUUUGAGUAUAAUUCUAAUGGUCUGCUGCAGAAAGCCUACAAUAAAGUUUCUGGCUGGACUGUGCAGUAUUACUAUGAUGGGCUGGGGCGGCGCGUUGCCAGUAAGUCCAGCCUAGGACAGCAUCUCCAAUUCUUUUAUGCAGACCUUGCCAACCCUAUAAGAGUUACUCAUCUGUACAACCACACAAGCUCAGAGAUUACAUCUCUUUAUUAUGAUCUCCAAGGUCACCUUAUUGCCAUGGAGCUAAGCAGUGGUGAAGAAUAUUAUGUAGCCUGUGAUAAUACAGGCACUCCACUCGCUGUGUUCAGCAGUCGGGGUCAGGUCAUAAAAGAGAUUUUGUAUACACCUUACGGUGACAUCUAUCACGAUACAUACCCUGACUUUGAGGUCGUCAUUGGUUUUCAUGGAGGACUCUAUGAUUUUCUUACUAAACUAGUGCAUCUAGGGCAAAGGGAUUAUGAUGUUGUUGCUGGCAGAUGGACAACGCCUAAUCAUCACAUAUGGAAACAGUUGAACCUUCUUCCUAAACCAUUCAACCUCUACUCCUUUGAGAAUAACUAUCCCGUUGGCAAAAUUCAAGACGUUGCAAAGUAUACCACAGACAUUGGCAGUUGGCUGGAGCUCUUUGGUUUCCAAUUACAUAACGUGCUACCUGGAUUCCCCAAACCAGAACUAGAAAACAUGGAAUUAACUUAUGAGCUUCUUCAGCUUCAGACAAAAACCCAAGAGUGGGAUCCUGGCAAGAUGAUCCUGGGCAUUCAGUGUGAGCUCCAGAAACAGCUCAGGAAUUUCAUUUCCUUGGAUCAGCUUCCUAUGACUCCUCAGUACAAUGAGGGGCGGUGCCUUGAAGGAGGGAAACAGCCAAGGUUUGCUGCUGUCCCUUCUGUCUUUGGCAAAGGUAUAAAAUUUGCCAUCAAGGAGGGCAUAGUGACAGCUGAUAUUAUAGGAGUAGCCAAUGAAGAUAGCAGGCGUCUGGCUGCCAUUCUCAACAAUGCUCAUUACCUGGAAAACCUGCAUUUUACCAUAGAAGGGAAGGACACUCACUACUUCAUUAAGCUCGGGUCUCUGGAGGAAGACCUGGUGCUCAUCGGUAACACUGGGGGGAGGCGGAUUCUGGAGAAUGGCGUUAAUGUCACUGUGUCUCAGAUGACAUCAGUGUUGAAUGGAAGGACUAGACGGUUUGCCGAUAUUCAACUGCAGCACGGAGCUCUGUGCUUCAAUAUCCGAUACGGAACGACUGUCGAAGAGGAGAAGAACCACGUUGAGAUGGCCAGACAGCGCCAAGUGGGCCCAGGGGCCUGGACUGUGGAGCAGAGGAGGCUACAGGAAGGGGAAGAAGGGACUCGGGUAUGGACAGAGGGGGAAAAGCAGCAGCUUUUGGGCACCGGGAGGGUGCAAGGAUAUGAUGGGUAUUUUGUCUUGUCUGUUGAGCAGUAUUUAGAACUUUCAGACAGUGCCAACAAUAUUCAUUUCAUGAGACAGAGUGAAAUAGGCAGGAGGUAACAAAAGAAAACUCUGCCUUUGCGUCACCAAAGACUGCCUGUUUUUAAAACAAAACAAAACAAAAAAAAAAAGGUUUAUUGUAUUGGUUUUCUAGAUCAGAACUCUGUAUAUGUAAAUAUGGAGGAAAAACAUAUCCAACUGCCUUUCAAUGUGACAGAAGAUGGUAUUUUAAUAUUGUUUGUUUAAACUCUUUAAGAAAUGACAGAGAUUUUUAGUUCUCGUGUGGCAGUAUUCAAAAGAACACAAGCUGAACGCAAACAGCUAACACAAAUGUUUUCAGACGCACCACUCUCAAUUUAUUGAGCCAUGCCUCUGUUCAACUACAUAAAAAGAACCCAUGGCUCUCGAUUUCUAUUGCGACACCAAGUUUCACAUCCAAUUCAUUGGCAGAACUUCCAGGCUCCUUAAAAAACGUGGUGCACCAGUGUCUAAAUCUUGCAUCUCAAAAGACUGCCAGCCCCCCUACAUUGUCCAGAUCUGUUCUAGGAAACUUCAAAAGAAAUUGAAAAUGUCUUCAAGCACCAUCUCCUGGAGUCAGAAACCCGUUUUCCCUCCUUUCCUGAUUUUUCCUCCUUGCCUGUUAAACAGUAAAUGCCAUGUUGUUGUGCUGUGUUUUGGCGUGUGGUGGCUGGCUUCGGCAAUGCCUUGCUGUGGGCGGUAAGCAGGCUGAAGGGCCACUGAUUUGCUUGUGUGUACGUGGUACCAAAGCAGCUGGUCAAUGUGACCUCGCUCACAUAACCUGUUUUGACUCGAUUUCUUCUCCAUUUGCCCAGCUGUAUUGGCCUCAUGUAAACAUAGCUUUUAUUAACUGGGGUAGGAACUUCUCAUUUAUAUAUAGGAUGUGCUUUGGUCAUAGUUUCACAUUAGUAAUUCAGUAUUUAUACACUAAUUCAAUGGUUUGUAUUUGAAAGGUAAUAUACUAAAACGGAUGGUUCUGGUACAAGAAAAGAGGCUUUAACAGGUCUGUGUGCCUGUGAUGCUGAGAAACAUAUUAGCUACUGCUGCAGAAAUUCCUACGAGCCAAAACCGUAGAAACAAUAGACCUUGCAUUACAGUGACAAUGAGAUGAAAGCCGACAUAACAAUAGUUGCUGCCUCAUCAUUUCCUCCCACUUAGAGUCAUCUUUCAAAUGUACAAUUGUGUAUUGAAUCUCUCCCAGCCAUAUGCAGAAAAUUGAAUUAAGUGAAUCCUUCCCAACAUAAAGCAUUUCAUCUAAUUACUGAGGGGCAAACUAGUUUUUCACCAAUGUCAUUUAUGUGGUUAUUUUAGUUCUCUGUGCUUAAUCCACGUAUGUUUGUUUAAUAAUUUUUCCACCUAGGAAAAUAACUAUUUUCAGGAGGGGUUGUUUGUUCCACGAUCACUUAAAAUUUAGAGAAAUGUCGGGGUUAAUAUUAAUAUCUGCUGCAGUCUUCUCAGUCUCUUAUGAAUCCUGCAGUAAAAGAAGCCACUUGGUGAGCUGAGAGAUUUGUGCCCAUUGACAAAGAGGCAGUUUAUAAAAUGCUGUGUAAUUGCAAGCUGCCGCAAAUGAAAAUUCAUGACAGCACAGCGUGCCCAGUAGAAAAUUCCCAGGAGCCAGCUUCUCCCCUCGCAUCUCCCGAGGAACAUUUGCUAUGUGUGGAGGAGAAUUUAGAUUCUUUCCAGCUACUACCUAAAUACAAUAUGGGGCCAUUGUCCUGCUUGUAAAGACAGUGGCAUUGAAAAUAUGCAAAGUCAGAAUCCAGGCUCAUGUUAAGAAUUUUUUAAAAGAAUCUGACUCUCAUUAUACAAAGAAUGAGGGAGAGGGACCCCGGCAAACAGUAGGGAGGGUGAAUUGAAAUUUUUCAUUGUUAAAACCUUCAGGUUCAGAACAUCACAUCCAUGCGGUGAGAAAGGGGAGAGAGAGAAAGAAAGAAUGCAGGAUGACCUCAUUGUUUAUCUUUGCAAUUGGAAGCACACCAGCUCAAGAUAUUGCUAAUCCAGACUAAAAUCCCAGUACAGGGCUUUCCCCGAAUCAGGCUUUUGCCCUCAGUACAGUACUCACCAUGGAAUAUUGAAAAGUUUCACAAACAUGCUGAAAAUUUGAAUACCUCCACACCAACCUAAAAAUAGAUCUUAAGUUCCUAGAACCUCUGACAUUCUUUUAAGUCAAUGAGAAAACCAUUCGUUAACUGUAUAUAAAAGUGCAUACUUAAACGUGGUGUAUUUGUAUCACUAACCCAAUGUGUCAAUCUUGGAGUCUAUUUUGCUUCUAUUUUAAGUGAUUGCACUCUUUUGCAACUCACUAGUGAUGUAUCAUUUUCAAACCGAUUUAAAUAUCCAUUAGAAAGAACUAUUUGGAGCUAUUCAGCUUCAUAGUAAUUACCUUGAACUGUGCAAUUCUAGUUUGUAAUAUGUAUUUUAGUUAGUUUGUGCCUUUGGUUUACCUAAAGUUAUAUUUUGUAUUAUAUUCAGGAAAUGCUUUUUAUCACUUACAAUCUGUGGUUUUAAUACUGCCUUGAAAUAUUACUGUUCUCUUUACAACUCCUAAAGUUUUGAGGAGGAAAAGAAAAACCAAAAGGUUUUUAGCACUAACAAGUUGCAAAUCUAAGAGAAACAUUUUGGCAUUUCAUAAAAAGAACAUGGAAAUAUUCCUGUUGGCAGGGGAGGAAGGAUGCUUUCACUGAGCUUUAGUUCUGAAGUUUGAAUGAGAGGACAAAUCAUUUGUGUUUCCUGAUGACAGUGCAGCUUUGAAGGGAAAAAUGCAUGAAAUUUCUCACACACAAAAGGCAGGGGGCUCACACGACACAGCUACAUAGCACUCAAGCAGGUUAAGAGAAGAUAGUAUUGGAUGCUCCUGUGAGGAAGGUUCUGGAAGGGAUACAGGAAAUACUCUGAUUGCUUCCUUUCCCUAGGCCCAUUUCAUUGGUGUGUUUUUGGUUUUAACUUGUUUUACCAUUGCACUCUAGAGAUCCAAAGGAGCUGAAAAUUCAAAGUUUAAGAGGUAUUUAAAUACAGCUAUUUUUAGUUGUCAAUCCAAUCGCUGUUGAUGAGAAGCAUGAUUCUGGAAGGAAAGAGAAAUAAAGCUCAAUUGAUUCUUUCACACUUGCCAUAGAAAUAAGUAUAUGUUUUAUUUUUUAACCCAGCAAAAUAAUGUAUAAAAUAAGGAUGCCAUUUAUUCUCAAGCCACCUAGAAGUUCUAUAAUAUAUAGACUACAUAUAUAUGAAAUAAUAUAUACAACAUAGCCAAAUAUAUGAACACUUGACAAUGUAUAAUUUGAAAUUCACCUACUCCCUACAUAAAGAGGUAUAACAUUACAUUACAACUUUCAUUAGAAUUUAAUUUCCAUCACUUAUUUCUACAUUUCUUUUUUCUCUUCCUUUCCCACGAGACCUGUUCCCACAGUAACUUUACGAGAGAGUCCAGGCAAAGUUUUUGCAUUUCUGCAGAUUUGUUUCUUUUAAGGGCAAUUUAGUUGAAUUGCAAUGAAAAGCAGAAGUAUAAUCAUCAAGUAUCAAGAAAAACUGGAUGGAAUGGAGUGUAUUAUAGCUUGUAGGGAACCGUGUGGCUAUAGAUUGGAUGCACCAUUCUUGUUUUCUUGGAGGAACUCACAUAUACAUAGCGACCUGCCUAAUACUUCAGAUCUCAGACUGCUCUUCCACAGCCUUCUGUAAGGUUCUUUAGUCUGCAAAGAAAACAAAACAAAUAAAAAAAAGAGCAAAAGAACAAAAACAGAAAAAAAAUGAAAAACAAAACAAAACAAAAAACAGUGAUAAUUCAAACACAAAACAGUGACUUAUUUCAGUGUGUCCUUUGUGUGAAAGCUGUUAAGGACCAAAUAUACUACUGUGUGUAAGAAGAAAUCGCUCCCUAACCAGUAAUUGAACAUACUUAGAGUUAAACUUGCUGUGGAUUUUGUCUUGGCAGUUGUCAUCUUAACAUUAUUUGUCAAAGGAAAUGUGUUUGGCAGUUAAAAAAAAAAUCUUUCCUUAGAUUUAGUGGUGGACUUUAACCUCUUAAAUAAAUGUUAGUAUAUCAGAUUGUGUCCUUGAAAACUAUUUUACGUGUAUGAAUCAUGACAGUGUCUAAAUCUUUACUGUUCUUCUGGCAAAAGCAUCAGUAGGAGAAAAGGCGAAAAGGAGAAGUCCAGCUUUUCUGUCAGAAAACGACUCUUUUUAGCUGCUUCCUUUCUCAUGAAAAGUAAAGAUGUUUACAGUGUAUGCCAAGAUUUUCAGUUUCUAUGUAACAACAGUUAGAGGUUCUAAUCAUACUGAAAAUUGUGUUAUAAUGGCCUCAGCCGUGUUGCUAGGAAACAAUAGGUUCCAAUUUUGUACUCCUGCUCUCCUGUGCUGAAAAGUGAUUGGAUACUGUACAGGUUCCUGUUCUCUGGCUGCAGUUCCAUGGUCUUUUGCAUUUGGCUCUGGCUUUCAGGCCAGAAGCAUGCAUUUUUCUUUUCUACAAGAGCAUCACAACAACAUGCUGUAAAUAUUUAAAGGUAAACAUUAUGUGUCAAUAUUUGAAAGAAAAGUACUUUGAAUAUUUCGUUUUUAAAAAAUAAAAUCGCAAAUGAA